AUUUUCGUCUAGAUAUUUCUCCUUGUCCACUGCAGGCCUUUCCUCUCAAGACUCCAUAACCGGACAGGCUUUGCCUCCGCUUCUAUCCGAUUAACUGUUCCUUGUCGAAUCAUGGCUGUCGCAGCUUUUCUAGUGCUCAUCUUCGCCGUCACUGGCCAUUCAAGUGCUACAUGGUGUAUUUGCAAGAAGGGAUUGAGUGACUCAGUCCUACAGAAGUCAUUGGACUAUGCGUGUGGAGCUGGGGCUGACUGUAAACCUAUCCAUCAAAAUGGGGUGUGUUAUCUACCCAACACUGUCCAGGAUCAUUGCUCUUAUGCUGUUAAUAGUUACUUCCAAAGAAAGGGUCAAGCUCAAGGGUCUUGUGAUUUUGCUGGCACGGCAAUCAUUUCUACAUCUGACCCCAGCCAUUCUGGUUGUGCUUACCCUUCUAGUACCAGCACUGCAGGCACCAGUACAACUCCAGUAACAACAACACCAUCUACUACUACACCCAAUUCUACCAGUACUACCACCAGUCCAUACACAGCCACACCUUCCACUGGAGUGCUAGGAGGAGGGAUUGGCACGAGCCCUUCUGGCAUGAAUACUGAUUACAGCCAUGGUGGGCUUAGACUGUUUGACACUUCUUUUUUCUCUUCAUUUAUGACCCUCUUGUUCACAGGCUUGAUGUUUUGGUGGGGUUGAAGAGAAAAAGGAGCUAGCUUUGAUGGUGGUGGGGCAGGAUGGACUGAGAUGAUGCUGGAUUUCAAGGUCUAGUCGUGGGUGGUAUGCAUGUGAUUCUACUGUUGUUUUGUAGAUAUCGUCUGAAGACAGUUCUUCCAGGCUUUGUUUUUUUCUUCUUGCUUCUUGGUGUAAAUGAGUCCUUUUGGAGGUAUUGCGCUGUUGCUGAUGGGACAAUAGGAGUUGAGUUCUCUUUUUCUUUCUGCAACUAUUCUGUUCUCCUUUUGUGCAUCUAAAGGAUUAGCAGUAUAUUAGUUUGAUUAGAACUGGGCACCCCAUGUUCCUAGUUAGUACUUGAGAACCCUGUUAACUAUCAAUAUGAUUGUUUAAAAUA